GAUUAAGCGUUGAAACACACACAAUUGUUCACUGUAAUGGCACGAACCAAGCAAACCGCGCGCAAGUCCACCGGAGGGAAGGCGCCGAGGAAGCAGCUUGCCACUAAAGCGGCGAGAAAAUCAGCUCCGGCGACCGGCGGCGUGAAAAAGCCGCACCGAUUCAGGCCAGGGACGGUGGCUUUGAGGGAAAUCAGGAAGUAUCAGAAGAGCACGGAGUUGCUGAUCAGGAAGCUUCCGUUUCAGCGUCUGGUAAGGGAAAUCGCACAGGAUUUCAAAACCGAUUUGCGUUUUCAGAGCAGCGCUGUUUCUGCACUGCAAGAAGCAGCAGAAGCUUAUUUGGUUGGUCUCUUCGAAGACACCAACCUCUGUGCGAUUCAUGCUAAACGAGUAACUAUCAUGCCUAAGGAUAUUCAACUCGCUCGUAGAAUCAGGGGAGAGAGAGCUUAG